AUUCAUAUCCUCUAUUCUUCAUUAUCAACAUUGAAAAAAGAGAGAAAAAAAUCAUGACUAACCCUUGUUAUUAUACUUGUUUGUCAUGUCUAAUCAUGACCUUAUUUCAAUUGAUCAUUCCUAGCCAAGAAACACAAAUAACACCACCUCCAUUGCCAAUUCUCCCAUUACCAAAUUACGCUCAAUUAAAAUGGCAACAAAGGGAACUCAUAAUGUUCCUACAUUUUGGUGUCAACACGUUCACGGAUAGUGAAUGGGGCACUGGGGUUGAAAAUCCUUCGAUUUUCAACCCCACAAACCUAGAUGCCAACCAAUGGGUUGACACCGCGGUUCAAGCAGGAGUAUCACUAGUGAUACUCACUGCUAAACACCAUGAUGGUUUUUGCUUGUGGCCUUCUAAAUAUACCGAUCAUUCGGUUAUAAAAAGUCCUUGGAAAAAUGGCCAAGGCGAUGUGGUUCGAGAAUUUGUCAAUGCGGCCAAGGCUCGCGGAGUUGAUGUGGGUUUGUACCUUUCGCCAUGGGAUCGCCAUGAUAAGAGUUAUGGGCUUAAUAAAGAGUACAAUGAACAUUAUUUGGCUCAACUACAAGAACUUCUCAAUGAAUAUGGAGAUGUUAAAGAGAUAUGGUUUGAUGGAGCAAAGGGUUCAAAUACACCAAACAUGACUUACUACUUCGAAGAUUGGUUUGCAAUAGUGAAUGAAUUGCAGAGUGCAAUCAACAUAUUUUCCGAUGCCGGACCGGGAGUCCGGUGGGUCGGAAAUGAGCAAGGAUUCGCCGGAAACACAAGUUGGUCCACCAUCAAUCGAACAUUGUUGUCUAUUGGCGGUAGCGACGCUGAUUAUCUGAACCGUGGAGACCCCAAAGGGACAGAUUGGGUACCACCAGAAUGUGAUGUAUCAAUUCGACCAGGAUGGUUUUGGCAUAAAUCACAAGAACCAAAGAGCCUAAGUGAGUUACUAGAAAUUUACUACAAUUCCAUAGGACGAAAUUGCGUAUUGCUACUUAACGUGCCUCCAAACACACAAGGAUUAAUAAGCAAUAGUGAUGUGCAAAGACUCAAAGAAUUUACAAGUGCAAUUAACACAAUAUUCUCCACCAAUUUAGCAAAGGAUUGUUCAAUCGAAGCAAGUAGUCAAAGGGGAGGUAAAAAUGGAGGAUUCGGACCCGAAAACGUGCUAGAUGAUGACAAUUUAUGGACAUAUUGGGGUCCAAAAGAUGAUGAUAAAGAGCAUAAUUGGAUUGAGUUCAAAACAAAGAGUGAUAAGCCAUUGAGGUUUAACGUGGUAAGGAUUCAAGAAGCAAUUGGACUAGGACAAAGGGUAAAAAGUCAUCAAAUUUAUGUUGAUGGGAAGAUAAUUGCUAAUGGAACUACAAUAGGAUACAAGAAGCUUCAUAGGAUUGAAAAAGGGAUGGUCAAUAAUGCUAAAAGUGUGAAGAUAGAGAUAAUUGAAUCAAAGGGAACUCCUUUGAUAUCAUCAAUUGGUCUACAUUUUGAUCCCUUUUGGUGGU